GCAAAUACUGAAUCUAGCUUUAUUUGAUCGGAGUGGGAUGACACUCAUGGCGGUCUUGGAGUCAGAUCUUAGAGCUCUCUCUGCGGAGGCUCGCCGCCGGAACCCUAACGUUAAGGACGCCGCAGAACAUGCUAUUUUGAAGGACGGUUAAGUUGAGUGUGAUUGGACUAUCUUGCCUGCAAAAGCUCAUAUCCCAUGAUGCAGUUGCACCAUCAGCUUUAGAGGAGAUUCUGUGCACCCUCAAAGACCAUGGUGAAAUGGCUGAUGAGAGUCUUCAACUCAAGACACUACAAACUAUCCUUGUAAUGUUCCAAUCUUGUUUACAACCUGAUAAUGAGGAGAAUACUGCUCAAGCUCUUGGCAUUUGUCUCCGGCUUCUUGAAAGCAAUAGAUCUUAUAGUGUACGGAACACAGCUGCAGCAACCUUUAGACAGGCAGUUGCCCUAAUAUUUGACAGGGUGGUUACUGCUGAGUCCCUUCCUUCUGAGAAAUUUAAAUUUGCUUCUGGAGUCCAUAUGUCUCGAAGUAAUUCGGUUACAAGUGACAUUACCCGCAAUAUAACACACCUAAAGUCAUUGGAGCAAGAGUUUACUUCUGGAACUUCAUUAUUAAUGAGGAAUACAUUAACUAAAUCCGGAAAGCUUGGCCUUAUUUUGCUUGAGGAUUUGGCAUCUCUUGCAGCAAGUGGUUCUGCUAAUUGGUUAGGAGUCAGCUCCCUUCAAAGAACGUUUGUGCUUGACAUACUUGAGUUUAUCCUGUCCAAUUAUGUGGUGUUAUUCCGAACCUUGAUUCCAUACGAGGAGGUUCUCCGACACCAGAUAUGUUCGAUUCUAAUGACAUCACUUCGUACUGAUUCUGAGUUUGAAGGAGAAACUGGAGAACCAUAUUUCCGUAGGUUGGUCUUGCGAUCAGUUGCCCAUGUAAUCAGACUUUAUAGUUCAUUGCUAAUAACUGAAUCUGAGGUAUGAUCUUAUUCAUUAAAAAGUAAAAACAUAAGUUGUUAGCUUUCGUUCUUUGUUUAUCAAAAUGAUUUGGUUAUCCAUUGGUUUACUAAAACAGUAUAGAAUAAUGCUGAUAGCGUACCAAAUAUAUUAUACUAAUAUGGACAACACCACACCUUUAGUAGAAAUAGGUUAGAAGGGUGUAGACAAGAUAGAAAAGGGAUAAAUAAGAAACCAUCCUGAAUGGGAGAUGCUGAAUAGAUGGCAAAUUGUGUUCACAAUUAACCUACUUGGAGAAAAAAUUGACAUGAAUUUCUUAUAGGCAAAGGAUCCUACUUAUUGGAAAACAUGCAAUCAUACCCCAGCAGCUAAUAUUUAUCG